AUGGCUUCUGAUAUCUUAGAUGUGCUCAAUAUUAGUGAGGAGACUCGUGUGCAGGGAAAAGAGCUCAAACAGCAGCAAAAGCAUGAGCGGGAAGAAACGGUGGAGGCAAACAAUAAAAAGCGCAAGAUGAACAGGGAAUUGUUCAACUUGAUUGGACCAAACUUGCCACCGGUGGCACUACACAAACAGUCAGUCAAAUUCAAGGAUAAACUGAGCUCGCAGGAACUUACACACUGGAGUUGGAGAUCGUUUAAGAAUGGUGCAAGAGGUAAAGAUAAAUUAGUGCUACACCAUUGGAUUAAGAGUAAGGUUAAGACGACAGAAGAAGAUACUGUGAAGGAUGAUGAUGAUUUAGAGGAGAACUAUCAGUUUGAAAAAUAUAAUACAGAACUUGAUAUUCCAGAUUUCACUGAGGAAUACUAUAACGAGCAUUUGAAAGAUUUGGAUGGCAACUGGAGCUAUAAUGAGACUAGGUAUUUGUUUGACAUUGCAAAGAGUUAUGAUUUAAGAUGGGCGGUUAUUGGUGAUAACUAUGAAUUUGUGAAGGAAAUACCUGAAAACAAGGAGGAGAAGGAAGAGAGAGAAAACGGAGGCUCUGAUGCGAACCAAGAGAUUGAUAAGGAUACAAAUGAAGAGGCUAUUAAGGAUAAAAUAGAGGAAAAUGAUGAUGAGGCAGUUGCAAAACCAGGGCCUACGGAAGAAAGCUCUCUAGAAGAUGCGGAUGGUAGUGAAAAUGAAAAUGCGAAAGGUGAAAGUGAAGUUGCAGAAAAGCAGGAUCAAGAUGAUGAUAAAGCAGACGACGGAAAAGAAAAUGCAGCUAAGAUUACUGAAGAAGUUAGUGAGAGCACAAAGGCAUCUGAGUCUCCCAAAAAUGAAACACAAAAAGAGGCUAGUGAAGCGCUGGGCCAGAAGAAAGAUACAUCUAGUAGUGAAGGACGAACUCUCGAGGACCUCAAAGAUCGGCUUUAUAAGGUAUCAGCAGUAAUCUUAGAAAGCCAGUCAGACGCUGCUAAGGAUGCUACGUUGAUCAGAAAUCUCAAGGCAUUUGAUAAGAACAAAGAGAUGGAAAGAAGAAGUUACUUGACACAUUUACUAGAAAGAGCACCUACAGAAAUAGCAGAAGAAGAGUCAUUGGUGAUAGAGGCACGUAAACUUGAGUUGGCCGCUAAGAAGAUGCUGACCGAAAGGGCCCAAUUACUUCAGUUAUUGGACUCUCCUCAAGCUUCAGCAUCCGUACAGAAAUACAUGACUUCUGCCGGGUUGACACAACUAUACAACUCGUUGAUGAACGCAGACAAAUCGAAGAAACGAAAGCCGGAAGCUCCAGUGGCUCCUCAAUUAGGGCCCAAUGCUCUUCCGCAUACUCAGCUUUUACAGGCACGUCAGCAGCAGGCCAAUCACGGUGCUCUGUUGAAAACUAAAAAGAAACAUCGUUCUAAUUCCCCCACGUCACGUUUAGAUAAUAACGGAGGAAACAAUGAGAUUCAAGAGCUCUUACAAUCCAGGCUUACACCUGAACAGAUGGAAGUGUACGGCAUAACAGUUCAUGAGGAAAAAAUUCAACCAGGUGUUGUUAUUCGCUCACAAAAGCUUCCAAGCUUCAAGCCUGCGGUACAGAGCAAGAUUAACGAGACUUUGAACGAGAUGGGAAUUGCCGUACGUCCUGUUAUGCCUACUGCUAAAGUUUGUUCACGUUUUGACCGUUUGCUUCGUAGCAUCGCUUCCCUGAUUGACCUCAAGAAGCAGAGCGACAAUCUCGAAACGGAGAUUGGUCUCAUUAAGAGACAGAAGAAUAUAAAUUGA